GUGCAGUCGCGUCUGGGGAACGAAGCCUUUCUGCGCCGUAUGCGCCCUCCUACCUACCACGGCGCAAUUGGUGUGACCACGACAAGCCCAAUGGUGCAAGAAGAGCCGAAUGCGCAAACCCGGCAGGGCGCUCAAGACGUCGCGAAUUUAGGCCCUCUUCCAGGCAGUCUGCCCUCCAAACCUCCUAAAUCCGUACAUCCCCACCCGGACGAUGAUAACGACCACCACCGCGAAAACGAGCGGACAUCACCUCCUCGAAAGCGGCCACGCACGCAGGCAAUCCCACGCGCUGCUCCGCCGCCACCUACACCUUCGACACAACCACCCCAAAUGAGCCCGAGCAUAUCCACCAACGACCGGGUUCCGGCGCCGGCCCAACCCAGCGCCCGCUUCCAUAUCCAGCCUGUAAAUCAGUUCCGAGGUGCCUCGGCCAGCAUCAAGCGCCCGCAAGAAGUCGUCCACUUUUCCUACGAUGACCAUCACCAAUACAAAGAAGAUGAAUCCGGGAUAAACUACUACUGUCCCCCACAACUAGGCGCCGAUUUGAAAGAAGGCUACAAUACCUUCCGCCAUUAUGAAGAUGAGACGGAUCCGCAUCUCGACAGCUUACUGCGGGCUGUGAUGAGCAAGGAGAAACAGACGGGCAAGAAAGAGCAAGCAGACUUUGUGACAUGGCGAGGCAUGAUGACCAAAAUCAUGACGGCACCAUUCGAUAUGUUUGCCGAGUUUUCCAUGUUCGUGACUCUUCGGGACGGCACCAUCUACAUCGAGGAAGACUUCCCCGCCCGCGCUGCGCAACGGGCACAGGAAGCAACGCGACCACGACCCAAAUGGCAAGAUCCCAACAUGCCCGAUCACAAGAUGAUGACAUACUGGGGCUACAAGUUCGAAACAUUAUCGCUCCUUUCUACACCUCCCCCGGACACGCCAAAGGAAACCAUCGAAGCCCGCCCACGAGCCCCAGUCUCGAAUUACGCUCAGCAUUGCAGCAUAGUUCGUACCGGAUUUGGCCCGCACACCCUCCUCCUCGGUGGUGAAGUCGACGGCCUCUCCGCGCCAAAACCUUCCUCUCCCACCGAGCCUAUCCCCUGGAUCGAGCUCAAGACUGCCGAAUCACUCCCUCCCAACCCGUCUAACCGUGACAUCCUCAAGUUUGAGCGUAAGCUCCUGAAGUUCUGGGCGCAGUCAUUCCUGCUCGGUGUGCCCAAAAUAAUCAUCGGAUGGAGAAGCAAGUUGGGUAUUUUGACGGGGGUACAGGAACUUGAGACGAACAAGAUUCCAGGGAUGGUGAGGAGGGGAACGCAGUGCUGGGAUGGGAACACUUGUAUCAACUUUGCGGCGGCCUUUUUGGGAUGGUUGAGGAGUGUAGUGACGGAGCAGGGGAAGGUGUAUAGGCUGAAGCUGGAGAAGAAGGCGGGCAUUGUGGAGGUGGGCGAGGUUAGGGAUGCAUCUGGAGGGAUCGUGAGCAAGGAGUUCGAAGAGUGGAGAACGGAGUUGGAACAAAGGCAUGGCGAUGCAAAAGAGGAGGAAUAGAGGAAGGUACGAAAGUGAUGACCUGGCAUCUUCAAGCCAAUGAUACCCAAAUG